AUGCACGAGCUACCUGAAGACGCAGCAAGUGUUGUAAGUACACAGAUGGAGAAGCUUUUAUCUACUGUCUUGCAUUCGCAAGAGAUUGACAACUACAUGGCGCUCACUGGAAUGUGGCCAAUAGAUAUCGUAAAGCUAUUGCACCUGCACGGUUUUGCUGUCAAGUGUGCGCUGACCAUCCCUACACCGGUUGUCCGUCUCGAGGCGAUAAUGCGAAUGAUUCAAUCUGCUGCAUAUGGGUCCGCGCAGCAAGAGUUACUGGACACACCAUGCUUUCUCGAUGGCGAACAAGCAAGAAGGUUAUGA